AUGUCCUCAGACGGACCCCCAGAAAUGAUAGCUACGCAGAAAGAAAUGGCCGAAGCAAGGCUUCCAUUAGGAUAUAGAGAUUAUUGUGCACAUUUAUUGAUACCAUUAAAUAAAUGUCGUAUUGAAGCUUGGUAUUUACCAUGGAAAUGUGAAGAUGAAAAACAUGCAUGGGAAAAAUGUCAAUACAACGAUUAUAUGAGAAGAAUGCGACUUUUGGCUAAAAAUAAAAAGAGAGAGGAUCAAAGAAAUUUCUCUUCAAUAUCUAUACCACCUGUAAAAUUAAAUCGUAAGGAAAUAUCGAACAGACAAAAAUUUCGACAAAUAAAUCCUCCUCCCUCAAUACUUAAAGAAAUAGAAGCGUUAGGCUUGGGGAAACCACGUAGAAUAAAAACAAGUCGGUUCGCUACUAAGGUUGCUAUUGUCGGACGAAAAAAAUUGGAAAAAAAAUUGGGCAAACUAGAAGUUCCACAAGAGGAAUUAGAGUUACCUCAUUUGUCAUUCUUUGCUGGGGCGAAAAUUCCUUCUUCGUUUCCUCCAGAACGAGUUCCCGAAGUAGCAUUCGUUGGACGAUCCAAUGUGGGAAAGUCGUCUUUGAUAAAUGCUUUGGCAGAUACAACGAUCGUAAGAACCUCAAAUAAACCAGGUCUAACACGGCAAAUCAAUUUCUAUGCUGCGAGUAGAAUAUUUAAUAUGAUAGAUAUGCCUGGAUAUGGAUUUGCUUACGUGAAAGAAGAAGAAUUAAUUCAAUGGGGAAAAUUGAUAGAAACUUACAUAUCAACCAGGACAACCCUUAAAAAAAUUUACGUAAUUAUCGACGCUCGACAUGGAAUUAAAUUGGCCGACGUUGAAUUUCUCGAGAUGCUUGAUAAGAAAGACGUUAAGUUUCAAAUUGUGUUAACAAAAUGUGAUAUGGUGAUACCACCAGAUUUAGCAAGACGUUAUGUAGUGGUUAAAAAUAAAUUGAACCAAUAUAAAAAUGCAAAUGAACAUCCAUUAAUGGUAUCGGCAAGGAAACAGGCAGGGAUUCUCAAUUUGAGAAAAGAAAUCCUACAUACGGUUGAAGCAUUAGAAAAAGCACGUCAACAGAAUAAGUCAUUAUUAAUCGAUAAUGGAAAGAAAGUUAGAGAAUGGAAACAUUCAAAUACAAAAAGAAAAAAGCGUGUUUCAAGGAAAAUAUAA